GCAAACUUCAUCCCUCCUACAAUCAAGAUCGCCCCUCACCGCAACACCACCCCGAAACCCACACCGCAAUCAUGGCUGCUCCAGCAUCAAAAUUCAAGGUCGCAGACCUGAGUCUCGCUGCCUUUGGCCGCAAGGAAAUAGAUCUCGCAGAGAACGAAAUGCCCGGGUUGAUGGCGACCCGCGAAAAAUAUGCUCAGGAUCAACCGCUCAAGGGUGCUCGCAUUGCUGGGUGUCUGCACAUGACCAUUCAGACUGCGGUUCUUAUCGAGACUCUUACACACUUGGGAGCUGAGGUUACUUGGUCGUCUUGCAAUAUCUUCUCUACUCAAGAUCACGCUGCUGCUGCAAUUGCCGCUGCUGGUGUCCCUGUUUUCGCCUGGAAGGGAGAGACCGAGGAGGAAUACGAGUGGUGCUUGGAGCAACAACUUGUUGCAUUCAAGGAUGGCAAAGGCUUGAACUUGAUCCUCGAUGACGGUGGAGAUCUCACCGCUCUCGUCCACAAGAAGUACCCCGAGAUGUUGAAGGGCUGCUACGGUGUAUCUGAGGAGACCACCACUGGUGUUCACCACCUGUACAAGAUGCUGAAGAACAACAGUCUGCUCGUUCCAGCCAUCAACGUCAACGAUUCCGUCACCAAGUCCAAGUUCGAUAACUUAUACGGUUGCCGCGAGUCUUUGGUCGAUGGUAUCAAGCGUGCCACUGAUGUCAUGAUUGCUGGUAAGAUUGCGGUCGUUGCUGGUUUCGGUGAUGUUGGAAAGGGAUGUGCUAUGGCUCUCCACGGUAUGGGUGCUCGCGUCCUCGUGACCGAGGUCGACCCCAUCAAUGCUCUCCAAGCCGCCGUCUCUGGAUAUCAAGUCACUACCAUGGACAAGGCUGCUAGCGUUGGACAAAUCUUCGUCACAACUACCGGAUGCCGAGACAUCUUGGUUGGUGAGCACUUCGAGAAGAUGCCUAACGAUGCUAUUGUCUGCAACAUUGGCCACUUCGAUAUUGAGAUUGACGUUGCCUGGUUGAAGAAGAAUGCCAAGAGCGUGCAAAACAUCAAGCCCCAGGUUGACCGCUUCCUCAUGAAGAGCGGACGCCAUAUCAUUCUUCUCGCUGAGGGACGUCUCGUCAACUUGGGAUGUGCCACUGGUCACUCUUCCUUCGUCAUGUCCUGCUCAUUCACCAACCAAGUUCUUGCACAAAUUAUGUUGUACAAGUGCGAGGAUGAGGCUUUCGGCAAGAAGUACGUCGAGUUCGGCAAGACCCAGAAACUCGAGGUUGGCGUCUAUGUCCUGCCCAAGAUCUUGGACGAGACUGUUGCUAAGCUCCACUUGGCUCACGUCAACGCUGAGUUGACCAAAUUGACCCCGGUCCAGGCUGAGUACCUCGGACUUGGGGUUGAGGGGCCAUACAAGAGCGAGAUGUACCGUUACUAGAUUUCCUUUAUUUCUGGUCGCUUUCCUUUGUAAGAACGUAUGGCGGGCGAGACUUUCAACACGAAUAAUGAUGGCAUGAUAUGAGAAAAAAGCAUUUGUCCUUCAACGGCAUAUACAAGGUCUUUCUCAGGAAAGAAAAGUUUCAACAAUUGGGGAACUUUGUUUUCAUCAGCGAAUGGCGUUACUUGGCACAUAUUCAACAACGGUCAAGUAGAAGUCGGUCUUUUGCUUAGACGAUACGGAACUGCAUAUAGUUCUUAGAAAUCAAGUCACUUCUUACGCAAACUAUUACG